AAGGCCCGCGUCGUUAGGGAGCGUAGGAGCGGCGUUUCUGGUUACGGGGUCGGACAAAGGGCAAAGGUCAGCCUCCUGGUUGGAGAGCACCUCCUUUUUGCCAUGGCGGCGUCUGGGGAACCCGGCCGGCAGUGGCAGGAGGAGGUGGCGGCGGUGGUAGUGGUGGGUUCCUGCAUGACCGACCUGGUCAGCCUUACUUCUCGUUUGCCCAAAACUGGUGAAACCAUUCAUGGACAUAAGUUUUUUAUUGGCUUUGGAGGGAAAGGUGCCAACCAGUGUGUCCAAGCUGCUAGGCUCGGAGCAAAGACAUCCAUGGUAUGCAAGGUUGGCAAAGAUUCUUUUGGCAACGAUUAUAUAGAAAACUUAAAACAGAAUGAUAUUUCUACAGAAUUUACAUAUCAGACUCAAGAUGCUGCUACAGGAACUGCUUCUAUAAUUGUCAAUAAUGAAGGCCAGAAUAUCAUCAUAAUAGUGGCCGGAGCAAAUUUACUUUUGAAUACUGAAGACCUGAGGGAAGCAGCCAAGGCCAUCAGCAGAGCCAAAGUAAUGAUCUGCCAGCUAGAAGUAACUCCGGAAACUUCUUUGGAAGCCCUGACCAUGGCCCACAGCAAUGGAGUGAAAACAUUGUUCAAUCCAGCUCCUGCCAUUGCUGACCUGGAUCCUCGCUUCUACGCCCUCUCAGAUGUGUUCUGCUGCAAUGAAACUGAGGCUGAGAUCCUAACUGGCCUCAUGGUCAGCAGCCCUGCAGACGCUGGGAAGGCUGCACAGGUGCUCUUGGAAAGGGGGUGCCAGGUCGUAAUCAUCACCUUAGGUGCUGAAGGCUGUGUGAUGCUGUCACAGACAGAACCUGUCCCAAAGCACAUCCCCACAGAGAAGGUCAAGGCUGUGGAUACCACGUCGCCUGAACUUGAGAGGUUCCUUCUUAGUUCUGAAAUUGACCCUGCAUGAGACUAAAACGAGUCCAGGUCCUGAACUACAGCAGAAAAGUUUACUCUUCCGUUGCUAAAAAUGAAGGACCCUCAUGAAGAUACUGGGCCUACGUAUCUACCCCGAAAGAGACUCAGCCUCUGCUUCGGGUGUCUGUGUCAGCCACAGCUCCUUUGCCCACAAGCACCAAAGCACAACUGGAAUGGGCCUACACAGGAACAGGGAUGUAUUCGGUGCACCUGGCUGAGAGUCCGAAGGUACGGCCGAGGGCAGAAGUGAAGCCAUGUCAUGGGGGCCCACUCACCCCCUCCCUGUUGGCUCUGCCUGCCUUGGGGUGCUGGGCUUUGAGCUCAGGCGGGCCCACUCCUGGGAGUGGUCCCAGGCAGCUGUCUGCCCACACAGUGCCCCAUGUCGUGUCCCCAUCCCUGGUGUCAAAUAAAAAUCAAAGAACUCUCAUCAGAGGAUGGGAAGUGGAUGCUGGUCAUACAAAAACAAGCCCCGCCUGGAAUGGGGAACCUCACAGAACACGCAUGUGGAAAUGCCCUGCCUGGGCAUGGGACAAAGUGAUGAAGACACCAGCCUUGGAAAUGUUCAGAUUCGAAUCGAUAGUCAUUAUCCUCAGAGCCAUUUCAUGUUGAAGGAUUGGAUUUCCUAGAUAGUGAUGGGUUGCGUCUUGAGCAUCUUAAAUACAGCAGGGUGCACAAGGAGGUUUUCACACUUUGCUGAUACUGUUUUGUGCCCUUUCAUUUGGUUUCUUAGCAUGUGCACUUAAGUUUUUGGUUUCAGGAAAGUUGAAACACAGUGAGAGCUCAGAGGAGAAAAGAUUACUUAAACGCUUGGAGGCAGGAGGUAGAGCACGGGAUCACGAAAAUCGGGGCACUGGAUUGGGAUCAGUGAAUUUUUCCAUCAAGGGCCAGACAGUAAAGUUUUAGGUUUCACGGACCUUAUGCAUACACGCUCUGUCACAACUGCUCACCUCUGCCAUUGUAGCAUGAAAGCAGCCAUAAACAACUUUGUAUGCUAUCCAAAAUGAAGUUGGUAUUAAUCCAAACUAGACUGUUUUAAGUUAAGAUGUUAACCGGAAUCACCAGUGCAAUCACUAAAAAAAGAAGAAGAAAAAAAAG